GAGAAGUAACGUGGUCAGAUUCUCCUUCCGUCGGCUUUUUUUCCCUCACAACGGAACCAAGUAGUCUGCCACUGGCAGAGCUUUCGAAAUCGUUUCAAACACUGUCUCAUCACACCGUGACUGUGAUAAGCUAGGGUUGAAACCUUGUUAGAAUGGGCGAGGCACCACAAGCUCAAGGCGAUCGACAAGCUUCUGCCUACUCGGAUCAUCAAGACUCGACGAAACUGAUUAACAUGGACCAUUCGCCAGGAAAAAAUCUUAGGGACGAACAGUCUGCACCUUUCUAUUCGCAAUUUGAUGCAUUUCCGCAUGCUCCACACGCUCAGCAUGGUACAUAUCCUAGCUACCAGUCCCAGCAGUCAAUGGAUCGGCUAGGCAUGAGCUCCAUGGGUCUUGCGCUGCCCGAAACUUUCACCUCGUCCACUCCUGCACGAGUUUUCUCCCAGCCAGCACCACCCUACGCAAACGGAAGCUUGCCUCCAGGCAUGGAGUACCGGCCACAAACACUCCCAUACGGAUCGCAAGUCUAUCCACCAAACGUAGCAAUGCAUGCUUCUAUGCCACGCACCCAUAUGCAUGCCUCAUUGUUCGCUUCUCAUUACUACUACAACUCAUACGGUGCUCCACAGCCUCCGGGACAGCCUUUGACAGGAUACGCGACAAUGCCUCCUCACGGCAAGGCUGACACCACUGGCCAACAUAUGCUUUCUCAACCAUAUUCAGGUCUCGCUAGACGUGACAUUACCGCCCAAGCUGCCCCUUCUUAUCCGAGGGGUCCUCCGAGGAAGCCCAGACAAUCCGGCUAUGCGCUUUGGGUGGGUAACUUGCCCCCUGACGCCACCAUCAUCGCCCUCAAAGAGCACUUCUCGCGCGAAGCAACAAACGACAUCGAGAGUCUGUUCCUCAUCGCCAAAAGUAAUUGCGCAUUUGUCAACUACCGUACCGAAGCGGCAUGCAUGGCUGCCAUGGAGCGGUUCCAUGAUUCCCGCUUCCAAAGCGUGCGCUUGGUGUGUAGGCCCCGUCGCGGAACGCCCAAUGGUGGAUCUUCUUCGUCGACGCCAGAUUCAAUCACCCCGAACUCGAGCAAUGAGAACGACAAACAGUCCCGAAAAGUGGUUCCCAGAUUGCCUUCUGGACCUGUCAUUGUGGACAGCUCGGCCGGUCACUCACCAAAGAAAGCGGCCCAACAAAAGCUCAGCCAGAGUCUGGAAGGAACUGAUGGAGUGGAUGGGGCUAAUGGGGUUGAUGGAGCUGCUGGAUUCAACUCAGCGCGCGUGCCCGAGAAGUACUUCGUUGUCAAGAGUCUCACGUUGCAGGACCUCGAGGCCAGUGUGCGUAAUGGCGUUUGGGCUACUCAGAGCCACAAUGAGGUGGCUCUGAAUUGCGCUUACGAGAGUGCCGACAGUGUCUUCCUAGUCUUCUCUGCCAACAAAUCCGGCGAAUACUUCGGGUACGCUCGCAUGCUCAGCCCCAUCACCUUCGACUCAGCUGCUCCCUCUGUCAGCUUACGGCCCAGGCCUCAAGACCUGGACAAUGGACCCAAAUCUAUACCGACUCCAGCAACACAAUGGGCACCGAAAGGACGUGUCGUGGAUGACUCUGCGCGCGGGACCAUCUUCUGGGAAGUCGACAACUCAGAAUCCGAGGAAGGAGCAGAUGGCGUCGCGUCACAGCAGCCCCAAGAAGAGAAGGCAGGAUCGAAACAAGUUCAAGAGUGGGGAAAGUCCUUCAAGGUCGAAUGGAUCUCUACGAACCGCCUUCCCUUUUACCGCACGCGCGGAUUGCGAAACCCUUGGAACGAAAACAGGGAGAUCAAGAUUGCACGCGAUGGAACUGAGAUCGAACCCAGCAUUGGACAGCGUCUUGUGCAAAUGUUCCACCGACCGGCACCCCUACCACAAGGAAUUGUCGGUAUGCCGCCAGUCAAUCCAGCCAUGGCUCAGCACUUUCCUGCAUGAUAGCCUUGUCGAGGGCGCGACUCGUGAAUACACUCAACUUGGUCAGACCACACAAUGGAAUUAACCUUGAUCAAGAUAGACUCGGAUAUCAGUGCGU